AUGCCACCAUUCAGUGGAAAACAAAAAAAGAAACAGCUGCAGGAGAAGCGGCAGCGUAAACGACAACAAGAUGAGGAACGUACGGAGACUCAAGAAAGAUGUUAUGCAGAGAAGGACUAUAAACAUGGAACUAGCAAUAUCCGAAGUAAAAGCGAAGAUCAACUCAACAGCAGUAAUGAUAAUAAUAAUAAUAAUUCUGUUAGUGGUGGUAAGAAUCAAACACAAGAAGAAUAUAAAUACGGUGCGGAUCGUCGUGGAAUUCGAAGCGUAUUUCUAAAGGAAACUGCAGAAGAGAUUGCGGCUCGGAAGAAACUCUCAUUUGAGCCACUUACGAAGCGUACAUUCAUGGAUGAUAAUGGAAUUCCCUUUGGUUCGUGGUUUAGUAUGCCAGGAUACACAGAUGCUGCUAUCAUGCCAUUUGCUUUCGAGAUCCCAACACGUGGAUGGACACCAGAAGAAGAAGAAAAAGAAAAAGAAGAAGAAACAACAACAACAGGGAAAUCAGUAAAAGUACAAGGUAAACGUAGUACUAGUACUAAUAGUAAUAGUAGUAGUAGUAGUGAUGAGAGUAAUAGUGAGAGGGAUGAGAAAAAUGAUGAAAGUCUUCUUGAAGCUCGUGAGGCGGCCCGCUUUAAGGCGUACUUGUCGGCUGUUGACAAUUACACACUUCCCCCACCGCUGCAAUCACUGCGUGUGAGUACAUAUGAACGUAAUUUAGAUGUCUGGCGACAACUCUGGCGGACGGUGGAGUUGAGUGAUGUUGUUGUGAUUGUCGCCGAUGCGCGGUAUCCAAUUGUGCAUCUUCCACUAUCACUCCUCCAUUACAUUGUGCGGGAGAGUUGUAAGCCGUGUGUGAUCUUGUUAAAUAAAGCCGAUCUCGUACCAAAACAGAUUCUAGAUAAGUGGAUGUUGUUUCUUCCACUUUACUUUGAGGCUACGGGUAUAGUGGCUUCUAGUGAAGAAGAGGCGGCUACGACUAAAGGUGUGGGGCGGAGUAUUCCACUACUGCCAUUUACUUCUCUUCCUGCGGAGAAUACCGCCAUUGGUGCGGAGGAUACAUGUGAUGCCGCCAAGCGACGGAAGAAGAAGAAAAGACGAACGAAAUUGUAUGAACAACUUCGAACAGGAAAGUUACAGCUGACAGUAGAUGAAGAGGAGGAGGAGGAAGAGGAGAAGGAUUCCUCUGAUGAUGAUAAUAAUAACAAUAACAGAAAUAAUAAUAAUAAUAAUAAUAAUAAUAAUAAUAAUAAUAAUAAAGAUAAUAACGAUACAUAUGCAGUGACGGAUAACUUCAAGGGUAUGCGAAAGGCGGAGCGGGAGUUGCAGCAAGAUAGACGUGAGUAUAAGGAAUUGAAAAUUGUUUCUGAUAUGAUCUCCACAUUGUUGCAGCAAUGCCGUGACUUGUCUGCGGCCCAUAAAAAGAACAAUGACAAUAAUAAUAAUAAUAAUAAUAAUAAUAAUAAUAAUAACAAUAAUAAUAAUAAUAACAAUAUCAGUGAAGAGUGCCCUCUCCAUAUUGGUCUGGUAGGUCAUCCUAAUGUAGGCAAGUCAAGUCUACUCAAUUGUAUUCGCGGCACUAAAGUCGUCUCUGUUUCCGCAACACCAGGGCACACCAAACACCUGCAGACGAUUCCCCUUCCAUCUGAACAUGUUGUGUUGAUUGACUCACCGGGUCUUGCCUUUCCUGUUCUUGGACUCCCGCGACCUCUGCAGGCCGUUAUCGGCACGCAUCAAAUCGCACAAACGCGGGAUCCACAGAGUGGGGUGGCGUAUUUGGCCACACAUUUAAAACUUGAACGACUUUACGGUCUUCGAAAGGUAGAUGGUGAUGAUAGUAGUAGUACUGGGGAUAACACCUGGUCGCCGUAUGAACUCUGUGAGAGCUAUGCAAAGAAGAAGGGAUAUUUCGUUAAACAUGGGAAAGGUGCACUGGAUGUACACCGUGGAUCUAUUGAGAUCUUGCAAGAGGCGUAUGAAGGACGAUUGGUGCUUUUAUUUGCACCGCCCGAUCCGGCUUGGUUGAAUAGUACACAAUUCCGUAAUGAGGUGCGGCCGUAUUUACUGCUGAAGGUGCCACUUGCAGAGGGGGACAGUUAG